AUGGAGGCCCCGACAGCCAAACGAAACACGAUUAACCAAAGGCGCUGCCGCGCCCGACGGCAGGUGUACAUUGAAGACCUCGAGCGCCGGAUACGCGCUUACGAGACUCAAGGUGUGCAGGCCACUGCAGAAGUGCAGACAGCGGCACGGAAGGUGGCGGAGGAAAACCGUGCCUUGAGAGAGGAGGUCAAGGCUUUACAGGAGCAGAACGAGGCUUUGCAGAGGUCCCUAGCCGAGCAUUCCGCCCGCCCCCCACAGAAGGAUGACAAGGUGGACGGCGAUCCCUCCCCGGACGGACGGCGGAAGAUCAGACGGAUCGGCUCAACAAGGAAGAGCCGUAUGUUUGACGGUAAGACGUUUGCGCAGGGUCCUUCUUUCACGAUCUUUCGAACUCCACCUCAUCAGGAUCACGAAACCCUCGCGAAGCUGCCCAGCGCUUCCAUGACUGUGUCGACGACAACUACACUUUCUCCGCAACCCCCACCGCUGCUCGCUCCUGGACUGCGUCCGAACACCCUGAAGUUGCACGACAUCCUAGUAGUCGACGGCCAAGCCAGAGAAGACCGUAUGUGGCUCCCACUGGCCGAGGAGGGAGAAGGGACUCCCUCUUUCAUCCCUUCGCCACCACAUUCCAACUUUGCCCAUUCGGACCCGGACGACCUGUCGUCCACUGCGCAGCAUCCAUAUUCACCUCCAUCCCCUGCCGUCUCGCCCUUCGAAUCCAAGCCCAAACUAUGCCAGCCGGCCAGCACGGCCAACAGCACGCCCUGUCUCGAAGCUGCGCUCAUCAUCGCCAGCAUGCGCGGAGUCCCAUCCAACGACAUUGUCGUGGAGACAGAAAUUCUGCCCGAACUCGGUUGCCGUGGCCCCCUGUCGCGGCCGAGAUGCAUCUCGCCGGACGACUGUGUGGAACACGGCCACGGAUCCGAGAGUUCUGGUGACAGAAACAGCGCAGAUCGGGACCUUGAGACGUGUGCGGUUGACAAUAGGAGAUUAUUCGGCAUUCUCGCGCGGGAAGAGUGA